AUGGACGAUUUGGACCUUUUACUCGCUGAUUUGGGAAGUCCCAAGAGUGGAGUGGCAAAGCCAGCUCCAGCUGCAUCCAAUGGACAUAAUAAUCACAACUCUUCAAAGGUUAACUUGAAUGAGAUAGAGUCGUUGAUGUCUGAUCUUCAGACCACCGGCAGACAGGAGCCAACACAUCACAACCACCACAACAACAACAACUCGACCUCGCAGCAGGCGUUUGAAUCAUCCGACGACUUGGACGCUCUGAUGGAGUCGCUCAACACGUCCAUCCACACCGCCGUCAAGACCAACGAGCCUGCGUCCCAAAAGACAUACUCAUCCUCGGCCAAGCCAGCGCCAUUGCACGCUGCACCCGUCAAGACAUACACCUCGACGGCCUCAGUCGUCGUGAAGAAGCCCCAGGUGUCCAGAGCCGUCUUGGAAACCACAGCCCCAGCACAGAGGAGUGCUCCCGCACCCAUCCACUCAUCAGCCUCGCACAGCACCGACGACUUGGACGAGCUCUUGAAGAACUUGAACCCACAGCAGCCAGUGGUCGACUACAAGCAGGCUGCUCCAGCUCACCAGCACCAGCACCAGCAUCAGCAUCAUCAACACCAGCCACAGCACCACCACCAGCAGGCUGCCGCCGCCCCAAGGGCUGCCGCCAAGCCAGCUGGCAAGGUUGUUGCCGGCGACGACUUGGACAACCUGCUCACCAACCUCACCUCGCAGAUGAACGACAUUGACACCACUGGCCCAACACCAAGAGGUACCUGUGGCCACUGCCGUAAGCCAAUCCUGGGCGAGACCAUCCAGGCCAUGGGCAAGCUGUACCAUCCCGAGCACUUUGUCUGCCACAACUGCCACAACCCAAUCGGCACCAAGAACUUCUACGAGCAAGAGAACUUCCCCCACUGCGAGAAGUGCUACCACGAGCUGUUCUGCUCCCGCUGCGCCCACUGUGAUGACGCCAUCACCGACCGCUGCAUCACCGCCCUGGGCAAGAAGUGGCACAUCCACCACUUUGUCUGCACACAGUGCCUGAAGCCCUUUGAGGACGGCAACUUCUUUGAGCGCGACGGACGUCCCUACU